GCCUUCGCCAAAUGUCGUCUAGGCCUGGGCCAGGAAGUAGAAUUUUCCUGGCCAUGCGCAAUUGGUGCUCGUGAGUGUCGCGUGCCUCCUUUCCAUAAAUAUGUGGCGUCUGUCUCGGCACCACCGUUUUCCUCUGCAUAAUGUUCUCCUUCGGCGUUGACUAGCGUUCUUAGAAUCCCGCGCGUCAUCUUUUGCUCAGCAUCGAACGAGGAAAGGGUUGACGCUUGGCCGGACAGCUCUCCACUCGACGGCCUAACAUGAUCGUACUUACAUCGCCAGUCCUUCAAAUCCUGGAGUAGAUGUCUUCUUGCGAAACGACUUCAUGAAGUUCGGACACGAGUACAAGAACUUCCUUGAGCAAGGCGGCUUCCCAUCAGACUGGGUCGAGUCGGCCAUAUCGUAUCAGAAGUUAAAAAAAUGCAUCAAAAGAGUCAGACUCGAGCUUGCCGCAAUUGGACUGGAUCCUGAGACUUUGCGCACGUUGAUCGAUCACGCCGAGGCAAAGGACGAGGAAACAAACAACGAGAGACCACUGCGGUAUGAGUUUGAGCGGAAGGAAGGAAGGCCAGGCCAUACGAGGUCGGCAUCUGGCCCUAUACAACCGAAACUGCUCUUCUUGAUCGAUGAGGCAACAGGUGAACCCGUGAAUGCUCAACUAUCCCCGGAGACAAAACGUUACGUACACGAACUAGCCCUUGCAGAACGUUUAACCACUGUUCAAUUGGACGAUGCACCUGAUCACUCUUCAGUUGUGAGCGCCGGUUCGAACAGAUCGUCUAUUGCUGAGACGGUAUCCUCUGCAGGAUCGGCAGCGAAAGUCUCACCAAAAGCAACGCACAAACUGAUCGAAGUCCCUCUUGCCAGCGAUUCCGAGUUUUUUGGCUUGCUUCAGACCGAGUUGUCCGGAUUGGCACAUCUUCAGGACAGCGAGCAACAUAAGAUCCAGGGCGAAAUUUCUGGAGUUGGAGAUUCUCUUGCCAAAGUUGUGGACCCCUCCACCAAAUCAGGACGCGCAGAUUUGGACCAGUGGCGGCGUAUCUUCGAGCUGUACAUGGACACGAGCGUCUUCUUCAACAUUGGCGAGCGAAAUCAUGGUGUCCAGCAGUUUUCGGCAGCUCAGGAGCGUUACAACAAAUUCCUGAGCAAUGCGCAAAAGGCAAAUCUGCUUCGCAAAUUCAAGCGCAAGGAGAGCAUGAACGCCCUGCAGCAUUUUCUACGUAUCAACGUAGAGCUGCUCCAGAAUUUACGGUUCCAGGAGAUAAACCAGACAGCCAUGAUCAAGAUCUUGAAGAAGUUCGACAAGCGAACCUCGCUUAAUGUGAAGUCAAUCUUCCCAAAGGCAACUCCAGUGACGCCUAUCUCCUUGUCUAAAUCACUGUCCCAAUCCCUGUCUCAGGAGAUCACAACGCGCAUUCUUUCCAUCAUUCCAUCUCUUGACGACUAUUUGUGUCCUAUUUGCUCGGACCUGGCCUGGCGACCUAUUCGACUACGUUGCAAACAUAUCUUCUGUAUUCGAUGCUUGAUUCGUCUACAACGAGAGAAGAAGGACCGAUGCCCUCUCUGCAGGGAGAAUGUUGUGAUGCAAGCAGACUCAUCAAGCUUAGACACUGGGCUGAUUGAGUAUAUGAAGCUUUGGUUCCCGGCUGAGGUCAAGGCGAAGCAGAGGACUAACGAGAAGAUCGCACUGGAGGAGCAAUUCAGCAAAACACUAUCAAACGCGCAGUAUUUAGGAUUGCUUCCGAGACGGGAGAAGCGUUCGAUGGCAACGAGGCUUCAUUUCUUUUUUCACGGCGUCGAACAUCCUGACGAGUCAUCCCCAUCAAUGUGGCAGCGUCCAGAACGUCCAGAACGUCCAUCAUGAAAACGUCGGCGAUAGAUCGAGCGGGCACUCUUUGGUUUGGCCCCUUUACCCGUUGCGAUUUCCUUCUCUGGACGCGAGAAUCAGUGAACUGUUGAUCACAGAAAUAAUAACUAAUCGAAUCUAAUUUUGCAAGUUAUACCCUGUGUAUUUUCUCAACUUUAAGAACUGCUAGAACUGCUACGAUAUCUUUGUCAUGCAAGGCCAUUAAGUUUUUGAGAUUUGAAAGCAAAUUUUACAACAAGAUGCGCAGUGAUGACUACAGUUAUAAAUCUCGCAAUCAAUAUAAAUCCAACCUAUAGAAACUACGUCAGUGCGGUGUUUAGAAAUGUUUUGAUGAAGUAUCCCAGGUUGAUGGAUGGUAGAUCUCAGGCUACAUCCACUUAAAAACAUGCAAGACCGAUGAUCUAUAAUCGAUGUCCAAUUAUUAAAACAUGGGCGUGAUAGAACUAUAAUCUAGUUUCCUCAAUCAAUUGGUAAAUGGGCCAAUAUCUCCAGGAGUUCAAUUAGUCGAGUUGAUACAUAAAGACAUAGUGGAUGCGGGAACGUGCUGAUUGAAAACCU